CUCUCUCUCUCUCACUAUCUUUUUUUCUCUCUCUCUUUCUCUUUUUAACCUUUUCGUUUUUUUUUCCUCCUUUCGAGGAUAUAUAAAUAUGAAUAAGCUGAUGUCGUCUGCUUGUAUUUGAUAGCACAAGGGUCAUGGAUGUUAUCAUUUCCGGUAGUUAAAAAAAAUGUUUAGGGAUGAAAUCUGAAGUGUCCGUUUCCCUACUUUUGGAUAAAUAUUAUAACACUAGCCUAAAAACUGUCAUGAGUACAAUGAAGAUAAAAUUAUUAUUUGGAGUUAUCCUUCUUGUUGCUUGCCAACACAUCGCGUCUCAAUCAUCUCCUUGGUUUAAUAAAAAGUCAUCCACUGUUCUCUAUGAUUCGGUAGAAGUUCGAUUACUUGGCGAGACAAACCAACACGCACGUGUUAAAAGAACACUGCAGGAGAAACACGGGCAGACUGGAGUCGAGCCAAUGCCGAACCAUCUGCACUUCAGGCUACAACUGGGAGCACGCCAGGUGGAUCUUCAGAUGGGCAAGAGUCGGAAAGGUUUGUCGGGCUUCCCUGUGUUUGUUAUUGAGGAUGGCCAGAUUAAGCGGAAGGAACUGAAGCAAGAUAAUACAGUUGAACUUUAUGCCAACCACUCAACCGGAAGUUCAUUUGUGGUGAGAAAAUCAGGCAACAGAGCUAAAUUUAUUUUGGAAGGUUUUUUCUAUGACGGUCUUGAGCGUCUCUACCUGACCCAUAAUCCCUCAGGAGGUCUGCAUCUCAUCCACAAACAGGCCAGGGAGGUGGACCUAAGGGACGACUACAUCAACACUGUCAGAUCAGAGGGGUUGCCCGAGCAGAGCACAAGAGGACCAAUCAUUUACAAGAGUAGCACGAGGUUCCGGCGUCAAAGCGAGGCUCUAAGGGAGCACGAGAUCCGUUUGUUUAUGGUGACAGACUACCAAGAAUACUUAAAUUGGUGGAGGUACUAUCAAAGAAACGCAACUCUAACAGAAAUAGAAAUGAAUCAUUAUUACUCGUUUGUUGCAAACUCGAUCAACAUCCGUUACAGCAGUAUCAACGACGUAGACCCGACCUUCAAAGUUGAGAUUGUUGUCACUGGAUUGUUGAUCGUGAAUUCACCGUCGGUCAGCUCAUGGACAGAGAGCAACGCCCUCAAGCCAGGAUCGAAUUACGUGGAUGCUUACAGGGCGUUGGACGCCUUUGGGGUGUGGGUGCGAAGAAUGCACACAGAUCUUCCGCUGAGUGACCAUUGGAUGCUUUUUACUGGCUUUAACAUCUACACAGAGAGGAAUCCUAUAGUCGCAGGUCUCGCACGUCUCAGCAGUAUGUGCUCACUGACAUCUAUCUCCAUCAUCGAGCAGGACAACACCGGAAGUGUUGGUGCUACGGCCGCCCAUGAACUUGGACACAGUCUUGGGUCACUUCAUGAUGGCGAGGAGCUGGACUGUUUUGACGAUGACAAUUACGUCAUGUCGAAAAAGUUGAGAACCCCUGACAACGACAUCCGUGCUUCCAGGCCUUGGCAGUUUUCCAAGUGCUCCAUCAGGGCUUUUAAAAGAUUUCUAUCUAAGGUCCAGUGUACCAACAAGUCUUCACGUGCAGAGUCCAUACUGUCCUCUCGACUAAGUCCUGGUCAAGUCUUUUCUGCUGACCAGCAGUGUCAGUUGGCGUUUGGAAACGGAUCCAACCUUGGGCGACAACUCCAAUAUAUGGAAGGCUACAGCACCAUGUGCAGGCGAAUGUAUUGCUCUGUGCCCAACGUCCCGGGACUGUACCAGGCCAUCUUCCCGUUUGAGAAGACCUCGUGUGGCGACCGCAAGUGGUGUCAAAGAGGAAGAUGUGAGAACCACAUAGAUGCACCAACCAUGGAAGACCACUGUCCACAGGGGGACGACCCGACCGCCCCGUGUGUCCAAGAGGAUUGCCCCUACUACACGCCACGGACCAAGAUCGUGUACUGCUGCCAUACAUGCAGACCCCAACAGAGGCGCCCCGCCGUGAGCGACAUCUUUCGUAUCAGUGCCGUGCAGAGGAAUCAAUCUCCUAAAUCCGGUUUGGUAAAUGCUGACCAGACGACAACUACAACUCCCCCGCUAGUAUCUACCGAAUCUACGACGCAUGAGAGUCAGGACAGAACUUCUGUGGCAACUGAAGCUUUUAAUGACCAAGAUUUGACCACAGCAGCAUCGCAGUUUGUUGAUACUAAGGAUACCAGCAAUGUAACCAACAAUGCAAAGUCUCAAAAUAACAAAGCCAAGCCCCAAGCAAACGAGACCAAUCCCCAAACAAACGAAGCUAAUUCCGGACAUUCCACACCAAAAGUUUUCUCUGAAAUUACAGAGAGUUCUUUGGGAUAUUCUGACGAGUCAACGAGAGCAACGACAGAUUCCACGUCAUAUGUUUUUACAUCAGAGACGUCACCUAUGACGACUUCGGAAAUUCUAGGAGGAACAAAAAAAACACUGCUGGAUUUACAAGACGCCACCACCAGGUCGCCUUCAGAACAAACCCCGCAAGUGCGCGUUGUUCCUCUUGGUCAAGGCGACGGACUAAAAGUAGAUAAUAUCCCAAGGCCGAAUAAAACCCGUGUACAUCAAAAUAUCUCCGGGGACAAUAUUCAAGAAUUUACAGGAGAACCUUUGAGUUCAGCUGGUGUCACCAAAACAAACAACAGCGGAACUCAAAUGCAGCCAGCCAAUCAAGAAACAUCCUACAGCUCUUCCAGAGGGAACUUAGCUUUGCAUUUGGGACUUACACCAUUCAACGCUAACUUAAACAGCGACCUCAUUUCCAACAGUGUUCAGGGCGUAAACCCGGAAUCUGACAUCAUAUUAAACAUGAUCCAUAAGGGAGUUUCCAUUCUCGCCCUUGCAGGCGACGACACCCGUGCAGAUGGGGUUAAGCUGAAUAUUGUGUCCAGUGUUAAAGAACCAGCGAUAGAAGAUGGCACUGUCUCUAAAUCUAAUACUUCUCUAACCGGAAGCAACGCCAUAGUCACAGAAAAUCUUCCACCUGACCCGAGAUCUGAUAUGACGCGCACGGUGGUCUCACCUGAAAGCAAUCAUAUUUCUCUGGCGCCCUCCGCUCACAUCCCAAGACUUAUGGCGACAAGCUUUUGGCCCCCAGCAACUACUCCCGAUCCAAACUAUGAAAACUCUCAAAAAGGCGGCGGAAUAUUGGAUGAAACAGGGUAUAUCGUGAAUUCCAUGUCUUCGUCUCGUCUCGCUUCGACAGAUUCGUCACUCGACAAGGUUCUGGCAACUUCUAUUUCACUGGACCCUAAACUAAAACUGGAAAAGUCUCCAGCCAGCAGUAAUAUAUAUUCAGGUGUGUCAAGCAGCGUACAAAAACCCGUCAUGAUGCCUUCAGAAUUCUUGGGCGGCUCCAAUCCUAUUCGAUAUGCUCUUGACAAGGUUUCUACUUUGGAAACGCCUCCAGUAACAGCUUCCAGUGUAGAUGGUGUCAAUGCCGGGCCACUUCUUCCAUUCUGGGAAAUGCCUUCACAGAGUUUGCCCGAGUCUGUGCAUACAAACAAUAUGCCGGACUUGGCCAACUUAAAUUACCGUGCAAGAUGGUGGAAUGGGGUACUAGCUCAACGCAGCCAUCAAGCUCUAGAAGUGUCGGACUAUGCGGUGAACUGGCCCAACGACCCAACACAGACCGAUGCGCGGUUGAGAACGCGGGUGGCUAGCAGAUUGUCCCCCAGCGGACAAGCAUCUUCAUCUCCAACUGACUCGUACAUUCCCAGGGGACACAAGGUGGAAAUCAUAUCGUUCCAGCCUCACCUGAAACGAUUUCUAGAAGAGAUGGCCUCUGUGGACUCGGAUUCUUCUCGUUUUGAGCCUACUCACCUUACAACUACCGAUAAGCCAAAUGUUUUGCUUAAUUGUAGGUUUCAGUGCGUAUUUUUCCGCGAGCUGGUUAGCCCAGCGGUGGACAGGUCUGACGAGUUUGUGAACUACUUAAUCAGAAGACUACCUGUUUCCAAUCGAAUACCUGCUCCAAGUGUGAACAUGAACCGUGUCUCGGACAUUGGUCUCAGAGCUUCUUUACAAAGGCUGGUGGCGAGAUAGGUGUUCACAUCAAAUACCUCUUGAGAUUGAAUUAAGAAGUGCGGGUGUUCAAAUCUUUUAAUUUAUUUGUGAAUCGGGUUAAUGCACACUUCUACUAUAGAUGAAAACGAGGCUGCUGGUUCGCCUGUUAAUUUCACUGGUCAAAACAAAUGGAUGUUUUUACUUUCUAAUCACAAAAAGUGGAUCAAAAAGCCGCUUUGUGCUCUACGCAGGGAUUUAUUUUGUGAUACAAUGUGAAUAGUUAUUUUUUGUGACCAAGAAUUAACUGAAGUCAAUGACGAAGCGACUAAAAGCCUAAAACUUGGUAGAGCAGAGUGUACGACAGCCAUAGACAUUUUGUUAUCUUUUUGUUUUGUUUUAUUUGUGUUUGUGUGUGUGUGCGUCUUUUUUGUUUUGUUUUUAGCGUCUUAAUGUGUUUGUGUUUAUGUAGCGUGUGUUUUUGUGUAUUUUGUGUGAGUUGUUGCCCAGUGGUUGGUUUGUUUCUCCAAACAGUUGGUACAGCUAAACCGAUAUAAUCUAAAACAGCUGGUACAACCAAACCGAUGUAAUCUAAAACAGCUGGUACAACCAAACCGAUGUAAUCUAAAACAGCUGGUACAACCAAACCGAUGUAAUCUAAAACAGCUAGUACAACCAAACCGAUGUAAUCUAAAACAGCUGGUACAACCAAACCGAUGUAAUCUAAAACAGCUGGUACAACCAAACCGAUGUAAUCUAAAACAGCUAGUACAACCAAACCGAUGUAAUCUAAAACAGCUGGUACAACCAAACCGAUGUAAUCUAAAACAGCCGGUAAAACUAAACCGAUGUAAUCUAAAACAGAUGGUACAACUAAACCGAUGUAAUCUAAAACAGCUGGUACAACUAAACCAAUGUAAUCUAAAACAGCUGGUACAACUAAACCGAUGUAAUCUAAAACAGCUGGUACAACUAAACCGAUGUAAUCUAAAACAGCUGGUACAACUAAACCGAUGUAAUCUAAAACAGCUGGCACAACUAAACCGAUGUAAUCUAAAACAGCCCCGGUACAACUAAACCGAUGUAAUCUAAAACAGUUGGUACAACUAAACCGAUGUAAUCUAAAACAGCUAGUACAACUAAACCGAUGUAAUCUAAAACAGCUGGUACAACCAAACCGAUGUAAUCUAAAACAGCUGGUACAACCAAACCGAUGUAAUCUAAAACAGCUGGUACAACCAAACCGAUGUAAUCUAAAACAGCUAGUACAACCAAACCGAUGUAAUCUAAAACAGCUGGUACAACCAAACCGAUGUAAUCUAAAACAGCCGGUACAACUAAACCGAUGUAAUCUAAAACAGCUGGUACAGCUAAACCGAUGUAAUCUAAAACAGCUGGUACAACUAAACCGAUGUAAUCUAAAACAGCUAGUACAACUAAACCGAUGUAAUCUAAAACAGCCCCGGUACAACUAAACCGAUGUAAUCUAAAACAGAUGGUACAACUAAACCGAUGUAAUCUAAAACAGCUGGUACAACUAAACCGAUGUAAUCUAAAACAGCUGGUACAACUAAACCGAUGUAAUCUAAAACAGCUGGUACAACUAAACCCAUGUAAUCUAAAACAGCUGGUACAACUAAACCGAUGUAAUCUAAAACAGCCCCGGUACAACUAAACCGAUGUAAUCUAAAACAGCUGGUACAACUAAACCGAUGUAAUCUAAAACAGCCCCGAUACAACUAAACCGAUGUAAUCUAAAACAGAUGGUACAACUAAACCGAUGUAAUCUAAAACAGCUGGUACAACUAAACCGAUGUAAUCUAAAACAGCUGGUACAACUAAACCGAUGUAAUCUAAAACAGCUGGUACAACUAAACCGAUGUAAUCUAAAACAGCUGGUACAACUAAACCGAUGUAAUCUAAAACAGCUGGUACAACUAAACCGAUGUAAUCUAAAACAGCUGGCACAACUAAACCGAUGUAAUCUAAAACAGCGUCGGUACAACUAAACCGAUGUAAUCUAAAACAGUUGGUACAACUAAACCGAUGUAAUCUAAAACAGCCCCGGUACAACUAAACCGAUGUAAUCUAAAACAGCUGGUACAACCAAACCGGUGUAAUCUAAAACAGCUGGUACAACUAAACCGAUGUAAUCUAAAACAGCUGGCACAACUAAACCGAUGUAAUCUAAAACAGCCCCGGUACAACUAAACCGAUGUAAUCUAAAACAGUUGGUACAACUAAACCGAUGUAAUCUAAAACAGCUAGUACAACUAAACCGAUGUAAUCUAAAACAGCUGGUACAACCAAACCGAUGUAAUCUAAAACAGCUGGUACAACUAAACCGAUGUAAUCUAAAACAGCUGGUACAACCAAACCGGUGUAAUCUAAAACAGCUGGCACAACUAAACCGAUGUAAUCUAAAACAGCGUCGGUACAACUAAACCGAUGUAAUCUAAAACAGUUGGUACAACUAAACCGAUGUAAUCUAAAACAGCCCCGGUACAACUAAACCGAUGUAAUCUAAAACAGCUGGUACAACCAAACCGGUGUAAUCUAAAACAGCUGGUACAACUAAACCGAUGUAAUCUAAAACAGCUGGCACAACUAAACCGAUGUAAUCUAAAACAGCCCCGGUACAACUAAACCGAUGUAAUUUAAAACAGUUGGUACAACUAAACCGAUGUAAUCUAAAACAGCUAGUACAACUAAACCGAUGUAAUCUAAAACAGCUGGUACAACCAAACCGAUGUAAUCUAAAACAGCUGGUACAACUAAACCGAUGUAAUCUAAAACAGAUGGUACAACUAAACCGAUAUAAUCUAAAACAGCUGGUACAACUAAACCGAUGUAAUCUAAAACAGCUGGUACAACCAAACCGGUGUAAUCUAAAACAGCGUCGGUACAACUAAACCGAUGUAAUCUAAAACAGUUGGUACAACUAAACCGAUGUAAUCUAAAACAGCUGGUACAACUAAACCGAUGUAAUCUAAAACAGCUGGUACAACCAAACCGGUGUAAUCUAAAACAGCUGGUACAACUAAACCGAUGUAGGCUUAUUAAAUUCUUAAUGUAAAACUUGAAAUAAUACACGAACAAGCUCCUUAUUAAGAAUUAUUACUUAUAACUUUUAUUAAUGAAUGUACACAGACUCCACUUGAAUGUAGAUCUAGGUAGAAACAUAAAUGAAAUGUGAGUUAAAACAAGAGAUAACUCACUACAAAUACACGUCUUGUCUUUCUCAUGUCUUUUUCUUAUCUCCCUUUUCAACUUUCACCCCAGUCCUUUUUACAAAGCUUUUAUCAACUCUGUCUGUCUGUCUGACACAAAGGUUUUGUACAUGUUAUUUCCCCUACAACCAAUCUUGGAUCAAGUUAAAAUUUUGCACAUUUUUUUUUGUUCACUCUUCCAUCGCCAAUACAACCAAAACAUCCGCUCUUCUUUCUUCAUGGUUACAUCAUAAACACAUACACUCCAAACAAUUUUUAAAUGUUAUCUUCGUCAUUAAGUGUCGCGUGUGUGUGUGUGUGAUAUGUGUUGUGUUUUCUAAUUUCACAAAGGUACCUGCAAACAGUGACUGCAGGCCUAAAACCUAUCAAGGGCACGUAUGUGCCACAAACUUAGUCUGUCGCUCGCAACUGUGUCAAAUUUGUGAUAUUAUUAAGAUAACUUGAAAUGUCUCCUUUGAAUUAUAGACGUUCUACAUAAUAAACAAGUCUAGACAUGAGUAUAUGUUAUCAUAAUGUAUAUUAAACAGAUUUAUUGAGAUA